AUGUCGAAAGGAACCAUCACACAAUCGUCGUCACGUUUGCUUUGCGCCAACAAUGACGACCGACCGCAGUCCAAGGACCUCCAGGACUUGUUCUCAGCCCUCCUCGCCAGUCUAUUGCCUCUCGUCCCUCACCGUGUCCGCUUUGUCAAGAUCGAGCACACCUUCCUGGCAGAAGAUGCUAUUCACAACCUCGGUAAUCUCAAACUGACUCAGUCAAAUCGAAUGCCCGAUCCCAACAACCCCUUGGGUACCGUCGUAUCCACUUCCACCACAACCUUUUCUAUGAAUCAGGCCACAGCCCGAAACCUGUGCCAACAAUUCGUCGAUGCCCGCUACAUAGAGGCCGGGGAUGGAAAGCCUGAUCAGUUGUUCAAGUUGGGAGGAGUGUGGAGACCGACAUCAAAGGGUAUCACUAUCUUUGACUGGUUCUGCCAGUCCAAUGGACUGUACCAGGAGCAGAUGGGCGAACUGCACUGUCUUAUCACUGGACCACUCUUAUACCUGGAGCGUGAUAACAAGACCGAUACGUGCCACGUCGAUCGGGCAACGACUGAAGUUGUUUUCUGUCGAAUGAUUGGCGUUGACGGUCGGGGAAAGAAGGGACAUCUAUCAGAAGGCGCUGUAGGCAUCAGAAUGCAGCCCGAACGCAAGGUAAACGGCCGCACAUACCAUGACACAUUUACUGGCUCAUCGGUAGCGGAGUGGCUACGAGACAAAACAACAUGUGUCGAUCUACGAGAAGCCGUCAACAUGGCAACCCACUUUGUCCACUACAACCUCAUCGAGUCAGUAAACGCCGAUUUGGCGUAUAUGAACCAGUUCGCCGCCUGCAAGCUCUUCCAGCCCACACCUGUCGCCAUAUACCAGCUCUCUGAGCGUGGUCAGGACCUCGUCGAAACCAGCUCAUCCAGUCGUGGCUCAUCACAAGGCAAGACCGACUCCUCAUCAGCAAAGGGUGCUAUCAAUGAGAGCAACAGACACAAGCUCGAGAAGAUCCUGCUUGACCCCACACUGCGUCUCCUGUUCCGCGAGAACCUCCGCGAGACAUACUGUGAGGAGGGUCUUGCCUUCUACGAGCAAGUCGACGUGAUUAUCUGUGAUGCUAAGGCUAUGCUUGAGAACGACAAGAAGGAAGCUGAGAUGAACGAGCUUCUAUCAACAGCUCACGUCAUCUUCAACACCUUUCUCGCCCCCGGUUCACCACGAGAAGUCAAUGUGAACCACAAGAUUCGGUCAAGCCUUAUGCAGCGCAUGACACAGGCGCAAGCCCUCGAUGCGACUGUGGCAGACACCUUGAAGGAGGUGAUAUCUUUGCUCGAGACCGCCCAUGAUGCGGUCUUUAAGCUGAUGGCCACCGACUCUGUACCUAAGUUUCUCAACAAUCCCGCAGCUGAAAGUCGACUGGUGCAGGCCGGUGUGCGAUAA